GAAGAGAUUAACUCAGGUAAAAACAUUUAAAAUACUUUCAGCUUACGAAUCUCUACUUAUGUCUAAGGACGAAGAAGAAAAUGAGCAAAUUCACAUUACUUCAUCAAAACUUGAACCUGAAGAAAGUCCAAUAAUAAUACCUAUGGGCCUCCCACCACUAAGUAUAUCGAAAGAUAGUCUUGCAGACGUAUUUCCUAUAACGAAAUCUAAAGACGUUUUCAAAAAACUGCCCGAAAUAGUCACUGUUAACCGGGUAAUGGUUGAUGAAAUAACGUCAGGUUUAUUUGAUACAAAGGAUAAGAAAGAGGUCAAAGAAUCGAUUCAACAGGCUUGCCCAGAGAUUUGUGAAACAGGAACGGAAUCAUCACUGUGCCAGAGAUCUGCAAGUGUGUUGACCACUCAAUGUGUGUUGCCAGCUCCUUUGCCUUGUGACGGCAAACUGAUCGCCUUGCAAGCCCCUACUGAAUGUGUGUUUGUUUAUGGAGAGCCUCGAUGUGCAAUUCACAAAACCAACACCGAUGCUGCGGUUCAAAUGCAUCCCCGAAUGAAAACUGCUUCGAAGCCAAAGAGGGGAGUUUGCCAUUCUGUGGGUAUGCUUACCUCUUUGGGCGCGUUAAGAGAAGAACCUUCUAAGCGGAAACCUAACUCAUUGAUUAGAGAAGUUCUUUCUCCGAAAGUGUACAAGGCGCUGUACGAGACCACGAAACGGGUGGUAAAUGAAGAAACGAAGCAACAACCCAUUACUGUCAAGGAUGCAAUAGUAGGCCCCGUGCUUGUUGAUGCAGAGGUGGAAGCGACAAAGUUCCACAUGGGCGACGUGAGGUCGGCUGGCGUGGUGACCUCGCUGGGCCGAGGCUUCGACUAUCCUAUGAACUGCUACUGUAAAGACCUCACUCACUCACAUAACAAAUGCGCCGCGGUAUACCACGUGGCGAAAGUUGAAGAGACCACGGAGACAGCUCCGAAUACACACGCGAAGCUGCUUAAUAUGCCAGAGGAAAACAAAGAAGGAUGUUUCGAAGACUGCGUUAAAACUCAUUUGGUAACCUCAUGCCGUUACUAUAGCAACCUGCUAACGAAACAUUUGGGACGUGUUAAAGAGAAGCUGACGAAACACCUAGCGACCCCUAUGGAGCCAACGGUUGAACCUUCAGAUCUGCCACCGUACCCCAACUCGGAAGCAUGCACUAUGAAACCCAGCGGUCGGUCAGCGUUCGCCAGCCAGACACUCAAAUAUAGCCCCUAUCACAAGUCCGCGAAGCACUUGUCUUGUUGCGUCCUCUCGCCUGCAACGAGCCUAACAGAUAUUUGUAAACACGACAAGGAUCACUUGAAAUCUGUAUAUUACAUGCUUUCCGCGAUUGAAGGAAGGCUGAGAAGGCUCAAGUUGAAUUCCCCCAAUUCGUACGUCCGUAAAAGUACGUAA